UAUAAAUGAAGGCCGCCGGGCAUCGACGAUCCCACGGUUUGCAUUUGUCAGUUCAACAGCAGCUGCAUUCAACCCACCGAGCCUCCAGCCAUGGCCUUUAACGGAACCUGGAAGGUCGACCGCAGCGACAACUACGACAAGUUCAUGGAGCAAAUGGGCAUUAACGUCAUGAAGCGUAAACUGGCAGAACACGACAACUUGAAAAUCACCAUCGAACAAACCGGAGACAAGUUCCACAUCAAAGAGUCCAGCACCUUCAGGACCAAAGACAUCGACUUCACACUGGGCGUCCAGUUUGACUACAGCCUGGCCGACGGCACCGAAGUGUCCGGAACCUGGGAAAUGGACGGAGACACGCUGAGGGGAAAGUUCACCAGGAAAGACAACAACAAGGUCCUGACCACCACCAGGACGCUGGAGGGGGGGGAACUGGUACAGAGUUACAGCUACGAAGGAGUGGACGCCAAGAGGAUUUUCAAGAAGCAAUAACCUGGAGUCUGAAGGCGCUCACAUUAGAGUUUUAUAGUUGAUACCGUUUAGAUUUGUGUUUUUUUUUUUGUUUUUUUUUUAACAGUCUCACAUGACGAGUUGUGACGGUUUCAUGAUUUUCAGAGUUUGGAACCAGAACAGUAAAGAGUCAAAUAAAGAGGAGGAUUUACUCACAGAAAACAGAUCCAUGAGGUUAAAGGUGCAGCUUUUCCUGCAGGUGCAACAAGGUUCAGCUGUGCACACCAGUCAGCUGAUCAACCAACAUGGAGUUAACCCUUUAAACGCCACAGGUUUGGGUUUUUA